AUGGAAUCAUCUAUCUCGGCGAAAGGGAGUGCGCUUCCACCGGGAGCGGUCGGCGAGGUGGAAGCGAACCCACCAACGUCCGAAACAGAAGAUAUGGAGGAAGAACGGAAGAACUUUUUCAAAAUUAUCGCCGCUUUCAAGUACUACAGACGCAGUUCGAUGAUAGAGCUGAUGCGAAAGGAGCACUUCCUUGAGACCCUACCGCAGGCACACCAGACGAUGUUGGUGAAAUAUCGGGAUCACCUGCGCAACAUCAAGCAGUGCAUCGACGUAAACAUGCAAGUUAUUACACAGAUCAUUCAGGACGCUAACUGCCUUUUUCAAAAUACGGAUCAUAACAUUGAACCAGAUCGCGAGUUUCCCGACGGCGUUAAGCUGCGGUAUCAAGAUUUUCAAAAGGUUCAAAUAACGCUCAAACAAAUAUUUCGCGAUUGGAGCGAGCAAGGCAAGCUGGAAAGGGAUCAGUGCUACAAGCCGAUAGUAGACGAGAUUACGAAAUUCUUCGACCCAGCAGAAUAUGACAUCUCAAAGGUGAAAAUUCUCGUACCGGGGGCAGGUUUAGGUCGGCUGAUAUACGAACUUGCAUGUCAAGGGUUCUACUGUGAAGGAAACGAAUUCUCUCUUUUUAUGCUGAUCGCCUCCAAUUUUGUGCUAAACCGGUGCGUUAUUGCAAACCAGUGUACGAUUUACCCAUGGGUGCAUCAGUUCGUGAACAAUCUUAGUCAAAAGAAUCAACUCAUGCCGAUCUCAUUCCCCGAUGUUAGCCCAAUGAAAUUCCCACCGAAAGGAACCAUGAACAUGGUCGCUGGGGACUUUUUACAAGUUUACCGCGAUGAAAAUUACUGGGAGUGUAUAGCGACCUGUUUUUUCAUCGAUUGUGCAAACAACAUUAUUGAAUUCAUCGAAGUUAUUAAGCAAAUAUUGAAACCCGGCGGUAUUUGGGUAAACCUGGGACCAUUGUUGUACCACUUUUCAGACGUUCCGCAGGAAGGCAGCAUCGAACCGACCUAUGAGGACCUACUUGAAAUUAUUCGUUCACUUGGGUUCAUCAUUCUCAAAAACGAAACGGAUAUCGUUACGACGUACUCUCAAAAUCCAAACUCCAUGCACCAAAGCCACUACAACAGCAUUUAUUUAGUGUGUCAGAAACCUAGCAACUGA